CCGAGCACAUCACCCUGACCUACAGCACAUCACCCAGACACAGAGCGCAUCACUCAGACCCACUCUUACCCGGCACAGAGCUGUGGCUAAAUCUGUGCAUUCCCAGGUGGGAGCAGUGACAGGGGAGAUGCCCCAGGUGUCGGUGCUGGACUCAGGAUGAAUCUCGUGGCGAUGGCGACCGAUCCCGAGCUCCAGUGGGUGUCCCUGUGGCUCCGUGUGCGCUGGGCGGCCGUGCUGGUGCUGCUGCUGAGCUCACUGGUGAUGCUGCUGCUGCCGCUGGACAACCAGUGCCAGGCUGUGCUCAAGGGCCUGUCCUUGCUGAGGAACAGGCUGGGCUCCUCCUCGGGAAUCAGCAGGCUCACGGGACAGAGCACCGAGCUGAGCGUCACCUCCCGGGGGCUGGAGCUGCUGGUGCUGAAGGGAAAAGCAUCCCCAGAGGUGAAGCUGGAAGCCAGAGCAGCUCUGAAUCAAGCCCUGGAGAUGAAGCGCCAAGGGAAGCGGGAGAAGGCCCACAAACUCUUCCUGUACGCCCUCAAAAUGGACCCGGAUUACGUGGAUGCCCUGAACGAGUUUGGGAUCUUUUCAGAGGAGGAGAAGGACAUCCUGCAGGCUGACUACCUGUACUCCAAAGCUCUGACCAUCUCCCCCCACAACGAGAAGGCUCUGAGCAACCGCGGCCGGACGCUGCCCUUGGUGGAGGAGAUCGACCAGAGGUACUUCAGCAUCAUCGACAGCAAGGUCAAGAAGGUGAUGGCCAUUCCCAAGGGGAAUUCUGCCCUGCGCCGGGUGAUGGAGGAAUCCUACUACCACCACAUCUACCACACGGUGGCCAUCGAGGGGAACACGCUGACGCUGUCUGAGAUCCGGCACAUCAUCGAGACCAGGUACGCCGUUCCCGGGAAGAGCCUGGCGGAGCAGAACGAGGUGCUGGGCAUGCACGCUGCCCUCAAGUUCGUCAACACCACGCUGGUGUCGCGCAUCGGCUCCGUCACCAGCAGGGACAUCCUGGACAUCCACCGGCGCGUGCUGGGCUACGCCGACCCCGUGGAGGCCGGGCGCUUCCGAGCCACGCAGGUCUUCGUGGGCCACCACAUCCCGCCGCACCCGCAGGACGUGGAGAAGCAGAUGGAGGAGUUCGUGCAGUGGAUGAACUCGGAGGACGCCAGCAGCCUGCACCCCGUGGAGUUCGCGGCGCUGGCGCACUACAAGCUGGUUUACAUCCACCCCUUCGUGGACGGCAACGGCCGCACCUCGCGGCUGCUGAUGAACCUGAUCCUGAUGCAGGCGGGCUACCCGCCCAUCACCAUCCGCAAGGAGCAGAGGGCUGAGUAUUACCACGUGCUGGAGGUGGCCAACGAGGGCGACGUGCGGCCCUUCAUCCGCUUCAUCGCCAAGUGCGCCGAGACCACGCUGGACAUGCUGCUCAUCGCCACCACCGAGUACUCCGUGGGCCUGCCCGAGGCUGGCUGCAAACAAACCAUCCCCGUCAAGACUUGAGGGGUUUGGGCAAAUUCAGGAGCUGUGGGAGAGCAGAACUCCAAGCUGUUCCUGCUGGGAGGUGACUGGACGGGAGGUGUCACUUGAGCAUUUUUGUUUAUUUAAAUUUGAUUAAAUUAAUAUUAUUUAUUUAUA